GGACAAACCACGAGAAUGCGACUGGUAAAUAGAUCAAAUUCCUCCAGUACGGACUCUGACUCCAGCAGUGGGGAGGUGAAGCUGAAGAAGAGUGUCGGAUUGUUUACUGGAGUGGGUCUCAUCGUCGGAUCCAUGAUAGGAUCUGGGAUAUUCAUAUCCCCCAAAGGAAUAUUAGAAGGUACUGGAUCUAUCGCCAUGAGCCUCAUUAUCUGGGCUUUGUGUGGUCUCGUCGUCACACUUGGUGCAUUAUCCUAUGCCGAGAUGGGCACAGCUAUCCCCAAGUCUGGAGGAGAACAUUCGUAUCUCAUGUUUACAUAUGGACAUAUGAGCAAAUUAGGCGCUAUUCCUUCUUUUAUAUUUGACUGGGUGUCUUUGUUUAUUAUCCGGCCAACCCAGUUCGCUCUAAUCAGUCUCAGCCUUGGAACUUACGUCGCCAAGCCAUUUUUCCCGGAUUGCGACCCACCCCUCAAGGCCGUUAAGCUAAUCACAGCUGUUGCUAUGCUUCUUGUGACAUUUAUCAACAUUACAAGUGUCAAAGUUGCGGUUUGGCUCCAGUCCUUCUGUACGAUAGCUAAACUACUCGCCAUAGCAAUGAUCAGUUUUGGAGGACUAUACAAAUUAAUUACAGAUGGCGCAGAACACUUGGGAGAAGGAUUUGAGGGAACCAGUGAGAAUGUUGGGCUCAUUGCUAUAGCAUUCUAUAAUGGUCUUUGGGCAUUUGAUGGAUGGAAUAAUUUGAAUUUAGUGACAGAAGAACUGAAGAGUCCACAAAAAAAUCUGCCAUUAGCUAUCAUCAUUGGUAUCCCAAUGACCACUGCCUGUUAUCUUCUGGCCAAUGUUGGCUACUUUGCCGUUAUGUCCAAACAUGAAGUCCUGGAGUCUCACGCCGUGGCUGUGACGUGGGGUGACCAUAUGCUUGGCGUUAUGUCCUGGACCGUGCCCCUCUUUGUCGUCAUAUCCUGCCUCGGGGCUGCCAACGGUUGUCUGUUCGCCACAUCCCGACUGGUAUACGUAGCAGCCAGGGGAGGUAACUUCCCCCAGGUAUUAUCCUUCAUCAACAUGACAAGACUUACACCUCUGCCAUCAGUUCUAUUCACGUCCUUGGUAGGAUUUGCCAUUCUAAUACCAGGAGACAUUAGUACACUUAUGGACUUUUACGGAUUUUCCGCCUGGUUUAUCUACAGCAUGACAAUAUUCUCCGUUCUAGUCCUACGAUAUACACAGCCGAAUUUACACAGACCUUAUAAGGUUCCAAUCAUCAUUCCAGUGUUCGUCUUCCUCAUAGCAUCCUAUCUAUUGAUUUCUCCAGUUAUACAAAGUCCCAGAGUACAAUUUAUAUACGCUUGUAUAUUUAUUGCCAGUGGAAUGCUGUUCUAUUUUCCUUUUGUCUAUAUGAAAGUGCAAGUACCUUAUAUGGAUAAAUUCAGUACAAUUAUGCAAAAGACAUUCCUUAUUGUACCUGGUAAAGCAGAUUCCUAAAACAUAACAUUAUAACAAAC